AUGACUUCUGCCAGCCUGCCAAAUAUCUCUGACCUAGGGAAUCUUUCCGAUGCUAGCAAGUCUGCGGUAUUGGACCUUCUGUUUGAACCUAGUGCAGAAAUCCACAAGACGCUGAUCCCAGUGAUCAAGUCUCGUGGGUUCGCGUCCUAUAAUGAAUUGAUUGAAGCUUGUCGCGAGGCUUUUCUCGCACUCGCCCUAAAGUCCACAGCAGCCAGCCCGGAUCAACGGCUACUCUCGAUCCUGGGCUCUCACCCUCGCCUCGGAGCGAAAAAGGUGGAAUCCGAGCAGUCGGCCGCAGAGCAAGCCAAACUGGGCGGCGAGAGUGAAAUUCUAGCAAGACUCAACCGCGAAUACGAGGAAAGAUUUCCUGGCCUACGCUAUGUAGCCUUCGUCAACGGGCGCGGCAGACCAGAAAUUAUGGAGGACAUGAAAGCGCGUAUGGACAGGGGCGACUUUGACAAGGAAGUCGAUGCUGCACUGCAGGCCAUGUGUGAUAUUGCGAAGGACAGAGCUUCGAAGCUGCCUGUCCAAGCGGCUGGCCAGGCAGGGGCAAUUUGUAGCUGCUCUACGCGGGGGACAUUACCGACAUGGAAAUGCUAG